AGAGGUGACGUAGAGGGGCGCCGAAUCUAAGCCCGAUAACGAACCAGCUGGUGGCAGUGCCGUCGUGCGACGUUUACGUGGAGGUACGACUAUCGCGAAAAUCUAUUUUUUCCAGUUGCGGGACCGUCGAUGAUUCGCACGGUAGAGUUUCGAAAAACGUCGGCGAAAAAACAACCCUACGUGGAGACGAAUAGAGGGAUCGUAGCCCGUCGAGCCUUGUGUGGCCCGCGAUCGGAGCGUGACGAAAAACAAGGCUAACCAGGGGGGGGGGCAAGAAGGAAAUAAAAAUAAAAACGUAAACAUGCCGUGACCGUACCUCAAGUGACACCGAGAUGUACCGUGGCACCGAGGUAAACUCGCGGUGCUCGUAGCACGAACGAUUUUACACGAUCAAACGACUGUCGUCGGUUUAGUCGUUAUCUGUGCUCAAGUGUGCGCGUGUGUGCUCCGAAACGAUGACUACGAGGGAAUUGUACACUAAGGUACUUUCAACUUAGGAGUGAAAAUGGGGAAGUAUACACGAAAAACAGAACGAAACGUUAUUUGUACGGAACAAAUUUUAAACGAGGGUGGUCGAGUAUGGAUACCACAUCCCGAGAAGGUUUGGGAGGGCGCGGUGCUCCUGGAGGAUUACAAGCUAAACCAGCCGAAGUUGAAGGUCCGUACGGACGACUUGAAUCAGAUCAAGACGUUGGAAAUAAAAUCGGACGUCGACCUUCCGCCCCUGAGGAAUCCCGACAUACUGAUAGGGGAGAACAAUUUGACGUCGUUGUCGUUCCUCCACGAACCAGCCGUCCUCUACAACCUCCAGAUACGGUUUCAACGACAUUGCAUUUAUACGUACUGCGGCAUCGUUUUGGUCGCCUUCAAUCCGUACAAUGAGUUACCCAUUUACGGAAAUGACACGAUCUGGGCGUACAGAGGUCAGGCGAUGGGCGAUCUGGAGCCUCAUAUAUUCGCCGUCGCAGAGGAGGCGUACACGAAAUUGGAAAGGGAGGGUCACGAUCAAUCCAUCAUCGUCUCCGGGGAGUCUGGGGCAGGAAAAACGGUAUCCGCAAAAUAUACGAUGCGAUAUUUUGCAACUGUCGGCGGUUCCACAACGGAAACUCAAGUCGAAAAGAAAGUCCUCGCCUCUUUACCGAUCAUGGAGGCGAUCGGCAAUGCGAAGACAACGAGAAACGAUAAUUCCUCAAGGUUCGGAAAGUUUAUCGAAAUUCAAUUUAAUAAACAUUAUCACAUAACCGGGGCCAGUAUGAGGACAUAUCUUCUCGAAAAGUCGAGGGUUGUUUUCCAGGCAAACGAGGAAAGAAACUACCACGUCUUUUACCAAAUGUGUGCAGCCGCUGCGCGGUUUCCUCAUUUACAUUUGAGCCACCAGAAUGAUUUUCACUACCUGAAACAAGGAAAUAAUCCGGUGAUAGACGGCGUCGAGGACUUGGCGUGUUUCGAGGAGACAAUAAACGCGCUCACCAUGCUCGGAUUCACGUCCAAACAGCAAGACGAUAUGCUUCGUAUUUUAGCGGCCAUAAUGCACAUAGGGAAUAUUGAUAUACGGAGCGCCGAAACUCAGAAUUCGAGCAACGAAAAGGACACCGAAGCCAGCUACAUUCACCCAUCGGACAAGCAUUUGUUGAUCAUUUGCGAGUUGCUGGGCAUCGACGUGAACGCGAUGCAAAAAUGGCUGUGCCAUAGAAAAAUCGUCUCGAUGAGGGAGGUUUUUCUGAAACCGAUGAAUGUGGAGCAGGCGAUCGGCGCCAGAGACGCGCUCGCGAAACACAUUUACGCGGAGCUGUUCGCUUGGAUCGUUACCGGUAUAAAUAAUUCCUUGCAAUCAAAGAAUAAGCCUCAGUGCUUCAUCGGUGUCCUCGACAUUUACGGAUUCGAGACGUUCGAGAUCAAUUCCUUCGAACAGUUCUGCAUAAAUUACGCGAACGAGAAGCUUCAGCAGCAGUUCAAUCAACACGUUUUCAAGCUGGAGCAGGAGGAGUAUCUUAAAGAGGAAAUCGAGUGGACCUUCAUCGACUUCUACGACAAUCAACCCUGCAUCGAUCUGAUCGAAACGAAGCUGGGUAUAUUGGACCUGUUGGACGAGGAGUGCAGAAUGCCGAAAGGCUCGGACAGUUCCUGGGCAGAGAAGCUGUACGCGAAAUGUAAGAAAUCGAAGCACUUCGAGAAGCCACGGUUCGGUACUUCCGCUUUCCUGAUUCAUCAUUUCGCCGAUCUAGUGCAGUACGAGACAAUCGGAUUCUUGGAGAAGAAUAGGGACACUGUUAUCGAAGAGCAGGUCGACGUACUGCGAAACGGAGAUAAUAAACUAUUGAAGAAGCUAUUCAGCGAAGAGGAUCCGAAGCUUGCGGUCCCGUCGAACGUGAGGGUAAAAAUCUCUGCUCAGAAACCAACAUUGACCACGCCCAAGCAAAAUAAGAAAACGGUAGGAUCGCAAUUCCGAGAUUCAUUGAAUAUGCUGAUGUCAACGUUAAACGCGACCACUCCGCAUUACGUGCGCUGCAUUAAACCGAACGAUACAAAGGAAGCUUUCGAGUACAACCCCGUUCGUGCUGUGCAACAAUUACGGGCUUGCGGUGUACUGGAAACCAUCAGAAUAUCCGCGGCCGGAUUCCCCAGUCAGAGAACGUACAGCGAAUUCUUUCUUCGGUACAGAUGCCUGUGCAGAUUCAAGGAUAUACGACGCGACGAUCUCAAAGAGACCUGCAAACGCAUACUGGCAAGGUAUAUCAAGGACGAAGACAAAUUCAAAUUCGGCAAGACAAAGGUCCUCUUUCGGGCCGGUCAAGUGGCUUACUUGGAGAAGCUUCGGGCGGAAAGACAGCGCGAUGCUUGCAUCAUGAUACAGAAGACAGUACGCGGUCUGAUAUACCGUAACAGAUACAGAAAGAUUCGACGAGCUGUGUACGGUCUUCAGAGGUACGGGAGAGGUUAUAUCGCCAGGCAGAAAGCUCGAGCCGUGAGGGAAGAAAGAGCCGCGAUAAAGAUACAAGCGCGCGUUAAAGGAUGGUUGAACAGGCGUCGAUUCUUACAAUUAAAACGCACAAUAAUUGGCAUCCAGACGUAUGGUAGGGGCAAAAUGGCGCGGAAGAGAUACGAGUUGAUGAAGGACAACGCUGCCGCGACUGUAAUUCAGAGAUUCGCUCGCGGAUACCUAGUGCGAAUGGCUUGCAGACAAAAAUUGAAAGACAUCGUCAUCGUCCAGGCGGCUGUCAGAAGGUAUCUGGCGAAGAAAAUGUUCCGAAGAUUGAAGGCUGAAGCGAGAAGCGUGGAGCACGUCAAGUCCUUGAACAAAGGAUUAGAGAAGAAGAUCAUCACGCUGCAGCAAAAGAUCACCGAACUCGCGAAAGAAAAUCAAGGAUUAAAGAACGUUCAGAACGAAAUGGUGGACUUAAAGCACAAGCUAGAAGCACUGAAGAUGGUAGAAGCCGAGAAUAAAAAGUUGCACACUGCAUUGCUGGAGAAGGAGAAAGUGUUGGAAAAGAUGGAAGAAGCGGUGAAGAUCGAAAGGGACGAAAAAAUGGACAUCUUACAAGACAAGGAGAGAAGCACUCUGAAGAAGCAGAACGAGAACGAGAAGCUUCAAGAGCAGAUUGAAAAGCUGCGGAAAGAGCUUUCGGUGGCUAACGAAAAACUAAAGAAUAAUCAACGAGGUGCUGAGGAGAACUUGAAGCACCGAUUGGAACAAGAAAAGGAUCUACUCCUGCUGGAUCAGGAUCAAGAUCGUGGCGCUUAUCAGAGACUGCUGAAAGAAUAUCACGAACUGGAGCAACAUGCAGAAAUGUUGGAACAGCAGCUCGCGUUGCGCGCCCCAGCGCAUUCUCGUUCUCUCAGCAACGCUUCCAGUGGCAGCGGGCAAAUUCUGUCUACGGAACUUCCGUCAGAUGAUCUGAAUAUCGAUCUGGGUUACGGAUCGGUACGAUCAACUGCUCCCUCUUCGACUAAUUAUUCACGAGUGGAAACGAUCGACUGGAGUCAACAGCGAUCGGACAGUCCGUUCGAUGGAGAGGUCCAAUCGCAUAAAUCGCCUCCCGAGUCGAAUGGACCAGCACACGCGCCUGUGGAUGUCGGUUUAGUCCUGAAACUUCAACAGAAAUUAAAGGACGUUGAGAAAGAAAAGGGGAGAUUGAUAAGGAUGGUAGAAGAUUUGGAGCGUGACAAUCCUGAAGAGACUUCAAGGACGCAGGACACGUUCAGACUUCAAGAACUCGAAAUGGAGAAUGCUCAAUUGAAGAAAGAUUUGGGUACGCUAAGAAAAAGCGUGUCCUCGGCAGGUCUGACAGGUGCACAGCAGAAUCUUAUGGGGCAAUUCGACGCGCUUCAGGAAGAGCUCGAAAGAAGAAGAGAGGAAUGCAUUCAGCUGCACAGCGUAUUAGCAGACAAUACGCGAAGAAUGAAGAGUUUAGGCUCGAAUUACGGCCGGGACGUGGAUAUCAUAAACGAAGAUGGAGAGCUAGUGCUCGCGUUCGAGACACAGAAGAAAAUCAACAGUAAACUUAAGACAAAGGCCUCAAGAGAACAAUUAGAAGACGAGAUCCAGAUGAAGGAGAAAGGAUGGCGGGAGCAGAGAAACGAAUGGCGGGCGGAAAUCGACAGGUUACAAGAGGAAAUUGAGAAGCAACAGAAAUUGCUCUCCGUGAAUUUAAGCAAAUCGCCGCAGACUCAAACCGAGGCCUAUAUGCAGUACGAAAUUGCCCGACUGACGUCUGAAAAUUUGGAACUACAAGAGAAGUACGACAAAAUAGCGGAAGAAUGCAGAAAAUUCAAGAGACAAUGUAAAAUACUCGCGAAACGUCUCCGUGAUGCAGGCUAUGAGGGAGAGGAUAAGGAACAUAAGGAUCAGCCUUAUAUUUCGAAGGGCGCCGUGCUGGAUAAUGCAGAACCAACGAGCGAUCCCGCGAUAUCUUCCACUAAUAAUUCAGCGGACAAUGGAAGUAACAUGCCCGUCGUUCGAAAGAAGGAAAGGGAUUACGAAGGCAUGAUCGAGUGUCGAAAAGAGGAUAUCAAUAUAAUCAUACGUCACCUAGUUAUUGACUUAAAACCGAGGGUUGCGGUGACGUUGCUUCCUGGUUUGCCAGCGUACAUCCUCUUCAUGUGCAUCAGGCACACGGAUUGCAUAAACGACGAUAAAAAAGUUCGAACGAUAUUAACGGCUUACCUGAACGCCGUGAAACGCGUGGUGAAAAAGCGCGAGGAUUUUGAUUCCAGCGUGCUCUGGCUCAGUAACACGCUGAGGUUAUUGCACAACAUGAAACAAUACUCCGGAGACAAGCCGUUCCAGAUCGAAAAUACACCGCGGCAGAACGAACAAUGUCUGAGGAACUUCGAUUUAAGCGAAUAUCGAGUCGUGUUGAGUAACGUGGCGUUAUGGAUCUUCAAUAACAUAGUGACGAACCUUAAGGAGAGGAUUCAGGCUCUGACGGUGCCUGCUCUUCUCGAACACGAAGCCAUAACGGGCUUGAAUUCUAAUAAACCAGGACGACCUCGGUCCUCAUCCAUGGGAGAGGAGCCAGAGUCGACCCAACAAAAGCUAGACAAACUUCUGGACGAGCUUUCAUCUGUAUACAAAACUCUGCAGUACCAUGGCGUCGAUCCCGAGAUCGUCGUGCAGCUUUUCAAACAACUAUUCUAUUUCAUGUGCGCCAGCGCAUUGAAUAACCUCCUUCUGAGGAACGAGCUUUGCCACUGGACCAAAGGCAUGCAGAUUAGGUAUAAUUUAAGCCAUCUGGAGCAAUGGGGAAGAGAUCGCCGAUUGGAACCAGCCUCGGAAGCACUCCAACCGAUUAUCCAGGCUGCGCAGCUUCUACAAGCCCGUAAAACUGACGAGGAUGUAAACUCUGUGUGCGAAAUGUGCAACAAAUUGACCGCAAAUCAAAUAAUCAAAAUUCUGAAUUUAUACACGCCUGCUGAUGACUUUGAAACGCGUGUGCCCGUUUCGUUUAUCAAGAAGGUGCAAGCUAAGCUGAGCGAGCGGGGCGAGAACAACGAACAAUUGCUGAUGGAUCUGAAGUAUUCGUAUCCAGUAAGAUUCUCGUUCAAUCCAUCCGACAUACGAUUGGAAGAUAUCGAAAUACCAGAAGUACUUCAUUUGCCCAUGCUCAAGAAGGUGUAAUCUUAGUAAUUGAGAAAUUUAGAGGCCCCGCUGCGCAUGUAACUUUUAGUUGAGUAACCGUCUAACGAGUAAUAAAAUUCGCAUAGCCUAUUUAUUAAUGAACAACGAGGGAAGUCAAAGAAUUAACGACGUUAAUUAUUUUGAACGAGUUAGAUAACGCAUCGAGCGGGUCAUCGAUAUAUGUAUCAUGUUUUAUAUGUUUUUUUUUUACUCGAGUAAUUUGUAUUUUACGAUGCAUAAUUCCUAUUCGUAUCGGCAUGAAACAAUGUCUAUUUAAAGCAUACGUUCCAUGAGUGAUAAAAGAAAAAAACGUAUUUUUCGUUGUUCUAAACGUAUGAUAUACGUCGAGACUCGAGGACGAUGUCAAUGUGUAUAAGGCUCUGCUGGAGCUUGCAAUUCAUACAUCCGAAUUGGAUUAGAAUUAUUACAAAUAAUGGGUGGUGAAAUAGAAAGGCGUAAGUAUGCGCGAUGAAAUGAAGUGCCGAAUUCUCUAUUGAAAAAUAUAGAAGCGUUGUUAUCGAGAUUAAAAGAGGUUUAAAGCAAUGCGUUGUUUUCUCGACGUUGUUAGUCUAUCAAAAAUUGUUAUGAAAAAUAUUGCAACUCCAAGCAGUAACUUCAUGCGUGCAAUAUUGGUAAUCCAUUGGGGGAUGUGUACUUAAUAUGUAAAAAGGAAAUGUGAGGACGAGAUAUAAUGUUACGUUGGGAUAGAUUGUAUAUUUUGUGAUACGAGAAAGAUUAAUUACGAAAUCGAUUCUCAGAGGCCGGGGACAGAAGAUACGCGAGAAAUGAGCAGGAGAGAGUAAGACAGAGGUAUAUAUUGUUGUUAUAAUAUAAUUUAUAAAUAUGUACAAGCGAUUGUAUUUUGUGCCAUUUUAUUAGUAGAACGUAAUCAAAUUCUGUUUCCUAA